AGAGCCCAGCGCCUGGAGCUUCCUCGCGGGCGUUCUGGCGGCUGCGGCCAGGAUCUUGUGAGUUCAACUCAAGGAAAAGUUGGAACAUCAUGGCAUCUAUCUGGGUUGGAAAUCGGGGGACAAUAAGAGAUUACCCAGGCUUUAGCCCAUCGGUGGAUGCUGAAGCAAUUCGUAAGGCAAUUAGAGGAAUUGGAACUGACGAGAAAACUCUCAUCCAGAUUCUGACUGAGAGGUCGAGUGCACAAAGGCAGCUGAUUGUGAAGGAAUAUCAAGCAGCAUAUGAAAAGGAACUGAAAGAUGAUUUGAAAGGUGAUCUCUCUGGCCACUUUGAGCAUCUCAUGGUGGCCCUCGUGACCCCACCAGCAGUGUUUGAUGCAAAGCAGCUGAAGAAAUCCAUGAAGGGUGCUGGAACAAAUGAAGCUGCAUUGAUUGAAAUCUUAACCACCAGGACAAGCCGGCAGAUGAAAGAGAUUGCUCAAGCCUACUAUACAGUAUAUAAGAAGAGUCUUGGAGAUGAAAUUAGUUCUGAAACAUCUGGUGACUUCCGGAAAGCACUGUUAACGCUGGCAGAUGGCCGGAGAGAUGAAAGUCUAAAAAUAGAUGCACAUCUGGCCAGGAAGGAUGCCCAGAUUCUGUAUAAUGCUGGUGAGAACAAAUGGGGCACAGAUGAAGAUAAAUUCACGGAGAUUCUGUGUUUAAGGAGCUUUCCUCAACUGAAAUUAACAUUUGAUGAAUACAAAAAUAUUAGUCAGAAGGACAUUGAGGACAGCAUAAAAGGAGAAUUAUCUGGGCACUUUGAAGACUUACUGCUGGCCAUAGUUCACUGUGCGAGGAACACGCCUGCCUUUUUUGCUGACAGACUACAUCAAGCUCUGAAGGGUGCUGGAACUGAUGAGUUUACUUUGAACCGAAUAAUGGUUUCCAGAUCAGAAAUUGACCUUUUGGACAUUCGAGCAGAAUUUAAGAAGCAUUAUGGCUAUUCUCUUUCUUCAGCAAUUAAAUCGGAUACUUCCGGAGACUAUGAAGCCACACUCUUAAAGAUCUGCGGAGGCGAUGACUGAGUCAUGAACAUAAUCACCAAGGUUCUUACUCCCAUGAUGGGCUUUUCCAUCAGCUCUGUUUACUUCAAUCUCACAGUACUGGAGAAUGUAAGCAAGUGUAAUGAGUAACCUGUUUUCCUAACAGAAAUGUUCCUUGUUCCAUAACAAAGUAAUAAAAAGUGAUCAUUUGAAAGUAUCCCUUAAUGAUAGUUUAUAAAUGAAAUUCUAAAAUGCUAUCAAGAAUCUGCUAAUACUAUCCAAAUUAUAUUUCUGUUUCAAAAGUGAAAACCAUAUAUAGUUGUGAAACAUUA